UCCGCGUUGAGCACGGCUGAGGAACGGACGUUUUUAAAUGAAGGCUGUCGCGUUCAUCGACUUGGUGAUAAAAUUUGUGAAAAAAACUUGUCUACUUUUAUCUUACAAUACUUUUAAAAACCUGUGCAGUGCGAAAUAGCACAACAAAAUUACUUUUUAAAUGUGCAAAAGUGUAGAAACGUUAAAUAUUUAGUGCUGGACGGUGAGGAAUUACGAAGAAAUCCAUCCAGAAAUAACUCUGAGGAAAAAAAAAGUAAUGGAAAAAAUUUUUGGUUAUAUUUUUUUCUGCUGGCAGCAAAAAGAGUGAAAAGAAAAUGGCGCAAAAGCAAAUAGGAAAAAGACCGAAUGAAUGAGUGAGUGAGCGAGUGAACGCGGCGAACGUCAAUGAGUGGAAAAGGAAAAAACCAAAAUAAAGUAGAGAAAAAAUCGAAUUCCUUUAUAGGUGUGUGUUUUUGACAACCAAAAGAAAUAAAGAAAAAGAAAAAGGGGCAAGAAAACAACAAUGAAUGAAAGAAAAUUUUUAAAUACGCUGAAGGAAAAGUUCAAUUGCGGCCCAGCGACUAAAAAUUUUCCUUAUACAUACAUACAUAUGUGCACCAACAAAUCAUAAGGAGGUUGAAUUGGAAAUGUGCGCAGGUAGGCGCAGCAAAUUGGCGACGGAACAUUUUCUGCAUGCGAGGGACAUAGAUGGAAAAGUUUUUGCUGGGAGAUUGAAGGCAAAGAAGUAUAAAUUUGGUGCGAAACUAUGCAAAUUGUGAAUAUACAGUAACAAAAAUAAACAAAGUAGGUACAUACUAUAAUUUUAUAAUUGAGGAAAUAAUGGAUCUGUGUGAAUUGAGAAAUCAUUAAAAUAAUGUACGAUAAAAAUGUAUAAACUAAUGAAAUAAAUACAAUAUUAGUGGAUAAGAUUUAACAAUUUAAUGAGUUCAUAACAAUGUACACAGAAAGAGACGCAAAAAAUUGUAAAUAGUAUUCAACGUACAUACAUACACACAUAUAAUAAGAGAAAAUCGUGACAUUAUAAGUUAGUGAUUAAUACAGUGACAAAAUUAAAAACUUUUUGUGCUCUAUCCAAGUUGCCAAACGAUGCUUCAGUAAAACUGCGUUGGUCCUCUAAAGGAUAAAUUUUGCUGCUACUUCAUUGACGUAAGGUAAACUUUAAUAUGAGGCAUUAACCAUCUAAUUGGCUUAACUUUUUUAACUGUUGACCUGAUUAACGACUUACUUGAAAUGUGUCAUUUGUAUCCUGUGAAGUAAAAAAUAAAAAAAUAAAAAUCCAUCAGCAGCGUCGCCAUUAACACAAACACCACCAACAACAACAGCAGCAGCAGCAAUCACAGCCCAAAAGCUUUCGUUUAUUUGUCUGUCCAUACCUUUGGUUCGCAGACGUUGAUUAUAAUGAUUACUUCCGUUUGCUGGUUCAAACGCUGUUGGCAACAGUUUUUUGUCGUCGUCGUCGUCGUCGUCGUCAGCGCAUUGGUGAAAAUUUCAAAUUAAUUUGGACACCUGCCGCACUAUAUGAAAUACAUACAAAAAAAUAAAUUGCAAAUAGCAAACAUUUGCUGUCACUGGCAAAAAAUAAAAUAAAAAAUUGGUUUUUGUUGACCUGACCCCAACACCCGCCUCAUGGAUCUCGUGCACAUAAUAAUACAUCGAUGCUCUUACAGGCGAAAAUGUUUAAAAAGUAUUAAGUAAUUAGUGAAUAUUUUGCAUUGAAUUGCGCAAAUUGGACAGCAGUUCCGUUAAUGAAGAUGUUGUGAUUCAUACUUUCCGGUAAAUUCGUUUCCUGAAUUCUCAGUCAAACUGGGACAUUUUCUGCACCAAGCCAAAGGCACACGUUUUAGACACAGUCAAAGAGGCGUAAUAGAAACAGUAUCAUCGCGACAGGCCCAUAGAGCGGCGUGCCACACCCAAUGUGGCUGCCAAUGCUAGCUUCAAUGCUGCGUGCAACACCUAGAAAAUGGUCAAGGCGGUCACAACGCGCGCAACAGCAACGACGGCCGCGUUAUACGUAGCAAAUCAGCAACUACAACAAGAACAGCCAAGCGGCAAGAAAUCAUCUAUUCUACACCAGGAGAAUUUUUUUACACCACAGCGACAACAAAAACAACAACAACAACAAAAUCACAGUGAGCAACGGGAGCAGCAGCACCUUGUUUUUGGUGCUGAGGAGCCGCCCGCCAAACGUGUUGCUGUUGCAUCGCCAAGCAAAAUGGUAAUACCAUCGACGACAGCAACAGCAUCAGCAACAACAACAACAACAACAACAACUUCUUCAGCGUCCAGCACCGCUACGUCCGCCACAGCAACAGCCACUGCUGCAACUACGACAAAUAACGGUAACACAAAUGCUGCCGGUCAGCAACAGACACAACAACAGCAACAAAAUGCUCUCUAUCAACAACAACAACAUCUGUCCGCUAGCCAUAAUAGCCAGCAAACGGCACCGCGACAGCACCCGAAGAAGCGGAAAUUCGAUCCAGCCGAGCUGGACCGGCAACAAGCCUCACCACAGCCGCCGCAGCCACCACAGCAGCAGCAGCAGCAGCAGCAUCAUAACGCUGGGCCUACAUCGAUGGCUUCGAGCUGUGCAACCACAACUUCAUGGCAUGAUACGAAUAUGCUGUCAGCGAUCAGGAUCGCCAACGGAAGUGCUAAUAACAACAACAACAACAACAACGGCAGCUCGCCACAGAGCAUAAAGAACGGCAACGUUGAGGCCACAUCGACGUCUAUGCCAUCUAUUACAGCAGCAACAACAGCGAAUAUUAACGUAAGCAGUACUGGCAGCAACCGUGGGUGGGUCACAGCAGCAGCAACAACAACAACUACAGCGUGUGCUUCCGAUGGCAAUGCACCGCCCACGGAAAUGGUCUACACAGCAAUACGUUCCACGUCGCAACAACAGCAUGCACCGGCAACACAAUCAAUGAUUGUAAGCCCAGUGACAGCGACGACGUUUGGCGCGACAACAACGGUACCAGCGGGAGUUGUAGUUGGCGCUGGCGCCAACAGUGGCAGCAGUGGUGCGGCAGUUGUAACAGCGACCGGACGCGGCGCUAGCUUGCUGGAGAGCCCCGAGAAGCGCAUCAUUAUAACAAGUACACAGCCAUCGAGUACUUAUAAGCUGCAGAAUGUUAUGAGUGUUAGCAAUAGCAACGCCAACAAUAACCGCACGCUGACACCCACAAGCAACGCGGCUUUGCAACAACAGCGUCUCGUCUACCACCAUCAUCUGCAACAACAACAACAACAACAGCCACACCAGCAACAGCCAAUCGUUGCCUUGCAGCAGCAAACUUUAGCAUCUAAUUUAGAUCUCAGCGAAUGGUCGAAUACUCGCGUAUUGGCCAAAUUGAAUAAUUUCUAUGCAUCGGGUAUCAUACGUCAAACGACUUCGCACAACGGCAAUAGCGCUAACAACGCAGAAGCCACAGCCUCGUCGGCCUCCACAUCCGCCUGCGGCUCGUCCAAUAGUAGACCGCCAUCGGCUGCUCCGCCAAAUUCGAUUUUGGUGGAAUUCGAUCCGCCGGAAAAUUGUACACAACGCUUUACGGACGUGUUGGGCAGCGGGCGUUUCAAUGUGAUAUUGGACGCGAGUCCACCAUUAGCUGAUAUUAACUUGGAUACGCGGGUUUGUGUGCGCAGUCAAAUCGAAGGCCGAUCGGGUUACGUUUUUGUGGAGGGCGUCGUGACGGACAUCAAUACACACACAAAACAAUUCACAGUGCAAAUCAACACAGAUUCUACGCCAAUCUUCAAAAAAGUUAAACGCGCUGAUCUGCGCCUUCUACUUCCGCCUUGGUGGGAUGAGUUGCGCGAACUUUCACCUUCGCCGCACCAACAGCAAACGCUUGCGGGCGGCGCUCACAAAACUGGCAGUGCACACUCAGCAUUGCUGACGCCUCCACAACAACAUCGCAGUGGUAGUGGCAGUGCCAGUGCCAGUGGCACGCCCGUGUCAGCACACAAAGGCAGCACCAGCGGCCAUCAUUCACAACUGACUUACGUGGCGAUGCGUUACGAUGGUAAAUGUCCUGCACAUCUGACACCCACCGGCGGCGCUCAGCAACUCACGCAGCAUAUGUCGCCGUUCAGUACUACCGCCGCGGCCCAACAACAGCAUCAUUUACAAAAACAAGAAGAGUAUUAUCGCACGACUGCCACCUCACCCUUCCAGACAGUCGGCGGUGGCAGCGGGCAACUGUUACUUUUGAAUGCCAGCACAUCAGGAGCCAUCGGGAGCAAGCAAAAUGGUAACGGCAGUCAUGGUACAUCAUCGUUGCCCGAAAUUGUUGUCUCCCAACAGCAGUCACAGAUGAGUGGCGGCGCCAACAGCCAUCAGCCGCACUCGCAGCACUCGCAGCAAUCAUCGGCCGCACACUCACAAUCGCCAUCGGAUGAUCUGCAGCGCCGACAAGCACGGCAGUACGAUGAAUUCGAGUCGGACGAUGAAUUGAAAGGUGUGCAAAUUGAUGACUACACGCUGGGCGAUGGCGAUCCCGAAAAAUUAUCGGCGGGUAGCAAACGCAGCAGUGUGCAGAGUCGUGGCAGCACAUCAAGCACUCCAAGAUCUCAAGCAACUACACCGCAUCGCUUCAAGAAGGGUGACAUUGUACAAUCGGAGUCUGGUGUACGCAAAAAAUACAAUGGCAAACAAUGGCGUCGUCUAUGCGGCAUGUGCUCCAAGGAAUCUCAGCGACGCGGCUUGUGUUCGCGCCAUUUGAAUCAGAAAGGCAGUGCUUUGCGUCCCAAUGGCGCAAGCCGUUUUCCAAGCGAUGUGAAUAGCCGUUCAAGCAGCAAAACACAAGCGGAUGAAGACACUUCACGCGAUUCGGAGACAUCGCCGAAUUAUCGUGUGACAGGCCGCUCCGACCAGGAGGAAACUGAUGUGGCUAAUAUUUUAGUGUCACUCAGCAGCUCUCGUUCGGCAACGCCAUCCUACUCAUCGCCUGUGAACCACGGCACCUCUCCAAUGAAUGUCACUCAUUCACCAGUGCCAGUUGUCUCCAAUCGCCAGAAUUUUUUCACACCAAUUGGCGGUGGGCCCGUUGCGACAGUGGAUGCGCAUACAGCUAAAUGGAAAGCCGCAGCCAGUCCCAUACAGUAUGGUACAGUGGGUUAUUCGCAAGUUAUUCGCCCGGAAUCGGUACGUGCUCAGGGCGCUGGUGCUGGACCACCACCACCACCACCACAAAAAUCGCCCGUCUCCAUGGUGGUGCAUCAUCAAACUGCAACACUGCCAAGCUCAGCAGCUGCAGGCGCGCAUCUUCUCGGAGCAAAUAGCAAUGUACAUCAUUCCUCUCUGCAGCCAGCAGCGCAUCAUGCGCCGCCACCGCCACCUCUCGCGGCACAUCAACAGCAACAUCAGCAGCAUUUACAACAACAGCCGACUAUGGCGCAUAGUCAUAUGCCAUUGUCGCCCGCCGCGCCGCCUCCACCGCCACCAGUGGUAAGCAGCGCAGUAAUUGCACCACCCCGACCACCAGCCUCAGUGGUCACUGGCGUUGGCCAUGCCACAACCAGCGUCAUACGGAUCUCACCUGCAGCCGCCGCUGCUGCCGCCGCCGCCGCAGCUGCUGCCAACAAUGGAGCUGCAGCCAAUGGUGCUCGUGGAAGCAACACAGCACCAACACUGCCGCAGUCAUUUCAUCCCGUCAUCGUUGAUCCCACACAAUUAGUGUCAUUGCUGUCACCUGCAAGUGGAAACCCAGCGCUGCAGGCAGGGCAGCCCACAUUGGUUUCGAUUAGUAGUGGUUUGGGUGUGGGCGCCAAUGGCUCGCUUUUGGCGGCCGCACACCAACAGCACAUGCAACACCAACACCAAGCGCCGCAAUCGGCAAUGUCAAACGAAAAGACGCUUCCAAAAAACGGAUUUCCGCCGGGGUCGAUAUAUCAAUGGCAAACGCUGUUGCCCACCAUCAGUCAGUCCCCCGUUAAAGCGACCAAUUUUACCAUAGCCGGCAUCAUACCGCCAACGGCGGAAACACCACCACCACCAUCACAGCAGCAUCAACAGCAACAACAACAAUCAGCGCAGGGAAUUAAUCUGGUCAACCAUCAUGGCGCACACAACAAUCAAAAGAGUCAUAGCUUGAAUGAGAGUCACAACCAUAUUGGCGAGUUGGACUCGCCUGAAAAACCUUUGAAUUUCUCAACAAGCGAUGCCGCCGCCAUGUGUGGAAGUAUGAGUGCGAGUGAGUUAAGAGCGCCAGGUGGCAGCGGGGGCAACAGCGGACUACAAGAAGAUAACGACGAUCAGUUAGACGAUGAUGUAUUUGAGCCAUCGCCACCAAUGGCGCCUUCAGCUCAUCCAAAACCGAAACAUACGCGUUUUGCAAUCAACAGCAGCAGCGACAAUUACAGAUAUACCACCUCAUUGGCAAAUGAAUGUGGUAAUGAUGUAAUGGGAGAGCCAAAAGCGCCAAUAACUGCUGCAAAUAGUGGAACAGGCCAUCACCAGACAGCGGCGAAACGUCGAUCGCAAUCACUCAGCGCAUUGCAGCAACAGCAGCAGCAACAACAAGCGAAGUUAGCGGCGGGUAGCGGUGCAAGCGCCAUUGACAAGGAGCCAUUGAGUCCAGUGACAAUAACCAAAAUUCGUCGGCCCAUGAACGCUUUUAUGAUCUUCUCGAAAAAGCAUCGUAAACUGGUUCACAAAAAGCACCCAAAUCAAGAUAACCGCACUGUUAGCAAAAUUCUUGGUGAGUGGUGGUACGCGCUGAAGCCGGAGCAGAAAGCCAAGUACCAUGAAUUGGCAAGUUCCGUGAAGGAUGCCCAUUUCAAACUUCAUCCAGAGUGGAAAUGGUGCUCGAAAGAUCGACGUAAGUCGUCUAGUUCUGGCAAAGGUGGAGCAAGUGGCGGGCCCCCAGGGAGCUGUGACGCCAAGCAGCGUAAUGAUUCGAUGGAUGGCACCGAUGCAUUGGGUAUAGACUUGCCAAUACAUAGUCCUGGUUCUGCUGGUGCUUCUAGCAGCGUUGCGGCAGACUCUCAGGGUGACAUCAUCCCACUGACAAUCGAAGAGACGCUUGGACACGUGAAAGAAGAAAAACCGCGAAUCAAAUCGGAAAUAUUUCCACCGGACGAAAUGCAGUCUGAUGAUGAGCACAUGCUGGUGGUUGACGAGCCAACCAAUAAUAAUCUGGCAAGUAGCAACAACAAUAGUGGAUCUCAGCAGCAGGAUGCUACCAUGAAGCAAAUAGAUUUAAAGUGUCGCGAACGUGUCACUGACUCAGACGUGGAGGAUGGCGUCUACGAUUAUAGGAAACCAUCCACAUUGGCGACAAAAAAUGUGAAAAACAAAGGCACAAGCGAAAAUGGGAAGCACACAACUUUAGAGGAGACAUGCAUAAAAAACGAGAAACAAACACAAAUGGACACUUUGGAACAUUCAACAGCCAGCACAUCUGGCAACAGUGCGACUAACACGGGCACUGACCGCGACAUAACCUUGAAACCAAAGGCCAUCAAGCCAUAUGCCUCGAGCAUUGAGAGCAGCAUACUAAGUCCUCAGCAACUGCCGAUGUAUUCGUACAACAGUCCGAAAAAUCCAAUCGGUGUAACACCAUUCCAGCCAACAGGUGGCGCUUUUAAGACCAUGCCAAUAAGUCCGAAGAGCACAAAGAUGGACGAACAACAGCCACAUCAAAUGCAUAUUAAGCAAGAGGAUAUCAAGCAAGAGCUCAUAUCUCCAUAUAAAGUGAAUGGCAGUGGCGGCAGUGUAAAUAGUGUAUUCACAUUCAAUGUGCCAAUUGGCGCGGCUGCUUGUUCAAAUCAAAAACAACAACAGCAGCAGGCAGGACAUCCGUUGCGCAGUCCAAACACCAUGGAGAGUUGUAGAGGAGCCGCUAAUGCCUCGGAACGCAAUAGAGAUUGCAAACAACAGCUCGUUUCUGAAGCCAGCAUCGGCGACGAUUACGAAGCUUACGAAACGGAAACCGAUUUUGAUGACAUCGAAUUCUAUACAAUACCCAAAUUACGCUUAACCAGCACACCAACAACGCCGACCUGUAGCCAAACACCAACAGCAAAAACGUUUCGUUCCAUUGUUGCUGUAAGCACAACAGAAUCGCCAGUCGAUCGUCCACCACCAUUGAAGCGUCGCCAGUUCACAAUUGUUCGUUCUCUGACACCACAGCAGCACACUUCGCCACAUCGACAGUUAAAAUAUUUACAUCAGCGUCGUGUAGAAACGCCGCCCACAGUGAUUACACGCGUACCCACACCAUUUGGCUGCAGUGAACCCCAAUCGCCCAAACUGAGGCGACAGUCGUUGAAUGCAUCACCAGCGCUGCAGCUCGCCGCGGCAGCUGUGCCUAGUACGGCACAAUUCGCCAUCAUACGCACACAUCACCAUCAUCAUCACACACAUUCUCAUUCGCUGAGUUCUACACCACCACCAUUAUUUUUUAACAAAGCGCCAAGAAAUACAGCUACGACAGUCAAUUCAAGCGCAUCUCCACUCACUUUGCCGGCAACCUCAACAUCAGUAACAUGCGCAUCCUCAUCAUCAUUUUCCACAUCAGCAUCCUCAUCAUCAACGUCUUCAUCCACAUCCACAUCCACUUCCACAACUGCCUCGGCCUCUUCUCAAACUGAGAAAUUUAAUGUUUUUUCAUCUCAUUGCUCCUCUAAUAUUAACCAUAACAACAAUAACAUUGACGCGCCACAAUUGUCGGCUAUAACGAAAUCGUCUACUCCAACGGCAACAACAACGAUUAUAAAAAAACUGAUCACCUUUAAAAACGGUUAUCUUCUGAACAAUAACCACAACAAUAACAAUAACACCAACACCACUGACUAUGAAAAAGAUGUAUCCAAUAAGAAUCAGUCGGCUGCCCGCUCCACCAUUCUGUGCGAUUCAAUGCUGAUGGACGCAGUCAAAGGCGCACAGCACACCGAAAGUGAAGUGGAGGGUUCCAUUUUAGAGCCAGCUUGCAAUACCGCGGCGACCACAUACCAGCAAUCUUCGACGCAACCAUCUACAAUGUUAGUCAUCACCGAUGGCCAGCGUUACGCCAGCGCAACCAGCGCUCAAUUAGUACCACAUAAACUGAAGAAAUUGGUUGAUGUCGGCAACGGCGGCGGCGGCAGCGGCAGCGGCGGUGCACCCACCUACACAUACGUAUUGGCCACCAAUAGCGUCGGCGCUGGCGGCAACAAAGUAUGCAACAACAAUAGCAAUCCCAAAGCCCUCAACAUCAAUUCGACGCCGAGCACGCCUAUCGCACUGAAGCAGCAAAAUAAUGGCGCGGCCACACUGCGUCCAUUAUCGUUGAUCAGCGUGAAUUCGUGCAACAAGAUCACACUUCCGGCGAAUGCUCGCAUACUCGCUGCAACUUCGUGCGCGCCCAAUAGCAGCAGCCACGGCAGCCUUGUGUCCAUGGGCACUGGCAACGCAUUGACCACUGGCAAUGGUGCAGGUACAGCGGUGCAUUUUGGCAGUAAUCCGCCGCCAAUCGGCAGUACGUUGACGCUGUUAAGUGCUGCGCCAUCACUCGCAGCAACAACAGUGCGCCCUACCGGCAGCAGUGGCAAUAAUGUCAGCAGUAACAACAAUAACAACAUCAUUACCAUUACUAACACCACUAAUACCAGCAACAAUAAUAACAACAUCAAUAACAUAUUCACUUUCAGCAGCAACGACACAAUAGCAACAACUAGCGUUAAUGCCGCCGCCUUCAAUGCUGGCAGCAAAAAGGCUGGCGUUGAAGGGAGUGGCGGCGGCAGUACAUCGAUUUUAAUGUUUAACUCAAAUGUAGCAACUGUUGUUAACUCCACAGCUGGUGCAACACCGUCAUCUGUACCCUCGUCGCCUGCAGCAGUCAUCAGCUCGGCUGCGGCUACUUGUUUUGCCACCACACCGGCUAUGACGCCGACCCAAAUACUUACGGCCACGAGCGGCGGUAACGUCGGAAUUUCAACCGGGCAAAAGCAGAUACUCUUCACGGUCAAUAACAUGUUGAAUCAGUACGCCAUACUGCCAAUGCAACAGCCCGAUCCGCCAGUUAAUGCUGGUAGCAACAAUGGUGGCGGAUGUGGCCCGAUUAAACCCACUCCUAUUUCGUAUGCCAAUUACAAGAAAAACAAUGGUCAGGCGGCUUUUGGUGUAAAUGCAAAUGUCGGCGCCUGCAAUACUGUGUCCAAUGCAAACAACAACUCUAUGUUGUUGCACAACUACAUAGAACGCACACCAAAAUCGCCCACUACCCCAAAAUCCGCCUGCUCUUCUUCGACACUGGCCCUUAAUCCGCCUGACUCGGCUGGCAAACGUAGCUCCGACGACAGUACUGCUUCAGCCAUAGACCCAGAUGAGGAGCAGACUGACAUUGGUGGAAAACAACAGUUCAUUUUGGCGCCAACCCCAGCACAAUUAGGACGUGCAAAAUGUCUUAGGCGCAAGAAUUUGUCUUCAAACAACCUCUCCAACGAUAACAGCAAUGCUAACUCCUUCUCAACUACGGCACUAAUUGGCAACCACACUGGUAGUAAUACUGCAAAGAAGUUAAACUCACCAAUAUUGGUGGACUCUUCAUCGCCGAUUAUUGGCAAUGUGAAUAUGGUUGUAAAUUCGAUAACAUCGGCGUUGCCCACACCCACCUCGUCUACUACCACCCCCAACAGCGACGAACAAAUGCCCACAACUCCAUCGGCUGUCAAUAGUAAUAGCAGCUCCAGUAGUGUCAGCGGCAUGGGCGGGAUGCUGAAUCCAAAAUCGCCAUUAAAGUCGGCAUCGUCUACCAAAAAGAAAAACGAUGACAUGGAUAACGUAUUGAAGCAAGUUGAUUUCGAAAAGAAGUAUCAAGCAUUGCCACAAUUUAAGCCCGAGGACUGUCUGUCGCCGAGCGCCAUUGCUGUGCCAUCAUCGCCACGUGUCUACGGCACUAAUUAUCGUAAGAAGAAUGCGCCGCAGCCUAGUGCACCGCCAAAAAAAACAGUCUGCGAAGAUGAGUCAUCCGUUGAAACGGCAUCUGUGCCAUCAACACCAUCUCAACGUUUCUUCGGUCCCGAUUUUAGUAUUGAGCAGCUAAAUUUGGAGAACUCUGAAGAAACAGACCGUUCGCCACGGACGCCACAAACUCCCUUGCAAAGUGCCCGCUCUGAUGCCAGCGAAAAAGGACAUCGUAAAGUCUUGGAAAUACGUCGAAAUUAUGUUUAUCAGCUUUUCAGCGAACACGGCAUGUUUCCAUCGGCUCAAGCCACAAUGGCCUUUCAGAAAAAGCAUAUUGAUGUUUUUCCACGAAAGCAAGAUCUCCAGCUGAAAAUACGCGAGGUGCGCCAAAAGUGCAUGAGCCAGCCCGGUUUUACGCCACACUCAGCUGGUCCCAUGACGCCAUCCGGCGAAACGGGCAUAUCUACAACGUCUGCAACAGCUACAACAAGUAUAAAUGUAUUAAAUCUCAACACUGGUAGCAAUGCCAACUGUGGAGAUGCACAAUCGCAAGCAAGCAACGAAUAGCAGCAAAAUCGUAUGUUACAAAAACUACAACAGCAGUGAGUACGAUGAAGAUUUCGAUAGCGUCCAAGAGGCUUGUAAGCAAAAAGGUUUUAAUAAAAAAAAAAAAAAUAUUUAUUUUAACUAUCAGUGACUAGCUAACUAUAUGCUUAGCAAAAUAAAGUACAAGCCAAAGCACAAACUCAAGGUGCCAUGACAAAUCGCAAUGCAGCCGAUGUGUUUGCAGUCUUGAAACGGCGAAUAUGUGUUUUGCUGUUGAUGAUAUUCAUUAGCUAUUAGCAUAUUAAUUAAAAAAAAAAUAAAAAUUACGAAAACCAUUGGAUUGGCUAGCGCAAAAGUCUCGGUACUGCAAAUUUCAGAAAGGCCCAAAAAUUAACGUUUAGUCGGUCGUUAAAUUGAUUUUAGUUUUACAACCCAUACAUACAAGAAAACAAAAACCAAUCACAGUGUUUGCCAUAAGUUUGUAACUUGCUUAUUUCCGCAAGAAGUGAAAAUUACUCAACAACUAAAACCUAUAAAAGGCAACUAUGUUCAAGACUUCACAGAAAUUAAUACAGCAACCAAUGAAAACACAAUCGCAACUGUUAAUUAAAUAACUUAUGGCGUAUGAUAAGAAUUAAAGGCACUCCCCGUUGCGUAACCAGCAAUACCAGCCAGCUACGCCAAGAACAAAUGCCACCAUAAUGAACGCAAGAGCAAGCUCUAAAGAAUAUUUAGGCGAUGAAGCCAAGAUUCUGAAAUCCAAAAACUCUGAAAAUAAA